AUUAUACUCCAUAUUUUACGGAUUUAAAUCUUGAAAAUGAAGUUCUACCAGUAAGAAGUAUUUUAUUCUGAAAUUUCGGAACGCAUAUCUCAAUUAAUGGGACUUCAAUACCAAAUUAGAUACCCAGGGAAAAAUCCAAAAAGAAAAAAAAAAGAAAAAAAACAGAAAGUAUGACUUUUUUCUUGUUUUUUGGUUCUGAGUUUUCCUCCUCCAAGUUCUUCCAAACAUAGAUUUGCGUCCAUGGAUACAUAGUACAGAGCCAAGCGUCUUGCUCCCUUAAUUUCCUUCAUAUAUUGUCUCAGUAAUCCCCAAAGUUUCCUCCAACCAUCACUGUGAUUGAACUUGCACAUUAAAAUAUGAGCUGGUGGUGGUCUGGAGCUGUUGGUGCUGCCAAGAAAAAAUUCGAAGAAGAAGAUGAUGCUCCACAGAACUAUGAAAGCGUUGCUCUAAUCAUCGGAGUAACCGGCAUCGUUGGCAAUAGUCUCGCCGAGAUCCUCCCUCUGGCCGACACCCCUGGCGGUCCUUGGAAGGUCUACGGCGUUGCACGACGCUCUAGACCGUCGUGGAAUACCGAUCACCCUAUGGAGUACGUCCAAUGUGACAUAUCAAACCAAGAAGAUACCCAAUCAAAACUAUCCGUUCUCACUGAUGUUACCCACGUGUUUUACGUGACUUGGGCCAGUAAGUCCACAGAGGUUGAAAACUGUGAAACCAAUGGAAAAAUGUUACAAAAUGUGCUUGAUGUUAUUAUCCCCAGUUGUCCCAAUUUGUCCCAUAUAUGUUUACAAACAGGUCGAAAACAUUACCAUGGUUCAUUUGAAUUGUUUGGAAAAGUAGCCCAUGAUCCACCACACCAUGAGGGUUUGCCCCGUUUACCCAUACCUAAUUUCUACUACACUCUUGAGGAUAUCUUGUUUGAGGAGGUGAAGAAAAAAGAAGGGUUAACAUGGUCAGUUCAUAGGCCCGGGCUGAUUUUCGGGUUUUCACCAUAUAGUUUGAUGAACAUUAUUGGAACUCUAUGUGUUUAUGCAGCUAUAUGUAAACACGAGGGGUCGCCAUUGAGAUUUCCAGGUGUUAAAUCAGCGUGGGACGGAUAUUCAGAUUGUUCAGAUGCAGAUUUAAUUGCCGAGCAUCAAAUAUGGGCAUCGGUUGAUCCAAACGCGAAGAACGAAGCGUUUGAUGUUAGCAAUGGAGAUGUGUUCAAGUGGAAGCAUUUGUGGGAGGUUUUAGCUGAGGAAUUUGAAGUGGAAGUUGAGGAAUUUGAUGAGAAAAAGAGAUGGACAUUGGAGGAGAUGAUGAAGGAUAAAGGACAAAUUUGGGAUGAGAUUGUGAAGGAGAAUGGAUUGGUACCAAGUAAAUUGGAUGAGAUUGGAGGUUGGUGGUUUGUUGAUAUUAUUCUUAGUGGAGAGUGUCCAUUGGAUACUAUGAACAAGAGCAAGGAACAUGGUUUUUUGGGUUUUAGGAACUCCAAAAAUUCCUUCAUCUCAUGGAUUUAUAAGGUGAAAGCCUGCAAAAUUGUUCCUUAAUUAGUUUGAUCUGUGUUUUGGGAUUUGUUAUGUGUGAAAAAUGUUUAAGAUAAGAGAAUAAUAGGUUUAAAUUCACUUGUGGUCAUCCAUUUAAGUGUUAAUUUUACCAAGUCAUUGAAUUUGUAUUUUUUUUUAUUUGAAUUUGUAUUUGUAACUUUAAAAUAACUCAAUUAUAUAGACUAUAAUUUUAAAAUCA